GUGACGCAACCAGCUGACGACUGUGACCAUAACAGUGUGGACGAGGCUGUUGCUGCUGCUGGUCGUCGCUCCUGAGACCCAGAUUUCCUUUACGGGUUCUUCACCUGCAGGUUCUCCACCAUGAUGCAGUUCAUAGUUGGCUUCACUUUGGGGAAUGUGGUCGGGAUGUAUCUCGCACAGAAUUACGAGGUUCCCAACAUCGCAAAGAAAAUCGAGGCCUUCAAAAAGGACGUAGAAGCCAAGAAAAAGCCUCCAGAGUGACGCCGGUGAAGGACGAGGACGGCAAAGUGGAAAUAAUUUAUGGCUUGUCUGCUAAUGGACGUCACUUUUUUAUUUUUUUUUGGAAUACAAACAGCACACGUAUUUUACAUCCCAACUGCUGACUAGGUUCUGCGAAGAACCUCCAUGUUCUAACCACAGUGUAGUCAGGUGGUCAAACAGUGCCUAAAAACAGAGCUAGGAUUCGA